AAAAAUCCAUAAUAAUAAUAUUAUUAUUAAAAGACAAGACAAAGGCAAAAUUAGAAAUUGAGCGAGAGUUUGUAAAAGUUAGUAAUAGCUGUUGCAAAAGAGGAAUUAUUUCAGCUUGGAGACAAAAAUUCCUGAAGAGGGUCUUUUAUAUAUUUUUCUCUCUCUUUCUCUCUGUUGCAUUUAUUUUCUGAAAGAAAUUGUCUUUUUUUUUUUAAUAUACUUUACUAUGAAGAGAAGAAGUUACGCAUCGUGGACAUCCUCUCUGGAAAUCUGACAAUGAAAGCGAAACCGGGGGACAAUUAUUUCCCCUAUGUCCAAUUGUUUCGGAUAAUGACCAAAAGCCUCGUGUGUUACUAUAAAUUUCUGGAAUUUUUUCUCAAACACUCAGUCGUCGAAAAGAAAAGUGUUCAAGAUUUUCGUUUUUUAUUUUUUUUUUCAUUAAAAGGCUCUGUAUUAUAUUUUCUUUUGGACUUAAAAAAAGAUGGGCCGAAUAAACAUAAAAAUUUUCGCAGCUUUAGUUAUAUUCAAUUUUGGAUUUGUUCUCUGUGUUCCGAAAUUCGAACUCAAUGGAUUUAUUCCAAGUUCCGUGGAUUAUUUAACAAAAUCAUCGACAAAAUCACGUGAUCAAAUAGCUGUUGCUUCGCAAAGAUCGGAUGUUUCAAGUGAAUCCAAAGAUUCUUCAGCAAAACUCACGUCGUCGGAGAAAAAUGAUAUUUCCGAUCGGAAUCAAGAGCCACGAUUUGGUUUCACCAAUGUCGGUGGAACGGGAACCGGUUACGGUGUCUCCUCCUAUGCACCAGCGAAAAUCGAUUUAGGUGGACUUUUAUUGGGUGCCGUUAUUGGAAUUGGAACUGUUUUAGUGAUACCAAAAUUAUUGUACAUUGUCUCAGGAAAUUAUGGCGCCUACGCAAGAAGCGACGAAGGUGGCAUUAUGCAAACAAUGACAAAAUUGGACGAUGCACUUGGUCGUCAUGGAAUUGAUACAACAUCAUGUAUGCAAAGAAUGGUAUGUUCAUAUUCAAAACGUGCUGCUGUUGCAGUUCGCGAGGCAGCAAUUGAAUCAAAUGAAACCCAAGAAGAAAUUUCAACAUUAGAUCGAAUGGUCGAUGGACUGUCGACAAAUCAAAUUUUACGAACAGCACUUCAAGGUACAGCAAUUCAAGAAGCCGUCGAUUCAGGUCGUUCAGGAGAAAAUUGUGCCCGAGCAUAUCCACAAUGUGGUUUUUCAUUAGAAACAAUUUUCUCCCUCAUGUCACAUGUAAUGUCCGCCAUGUCUUCCGCCGAUAAUCCAACAAUAAAAACCAAAGCCUCCACAACAACAUCCGACGUUCAUUGAUGAUAAUUAAUUUUUACCAUUAUUUAUAAUAUAUUAUACAAAGUACAUGUGUGACGAAAUAAAAUUAAUUAUUUUUUUAAAUUACAAUACAAAAAAACCAUGGAAAAUAAAUAAAAAAAUAUUAAAAUUUA